AUGGCAGGCAGAAAUGAGACAAGCGCCUUUGAAUCAGAUGGCACAAAUACAACGGUAUUGACUGGCAGUCCAUGGAGUUUCUCUUUCUCCACAACAAUGGCUGUCAUUUUGUCUAUUUCAUCAGUAUUAACAGUUGUUGGUAACUUAAUGGUGAUUACCGUAGUGAUACGUUAUCCUGUGAUGCGAACACGAACUAAUUUGUUUCUUACAAAUUUGGCUGUGGCAGACUUGAUGGUGGGACUUCUGCUUGUUCCUUGCUCAAUUACAACUCUGGUGGCAGGAAAGUGGGUGCUUGGUAACACUGUUUGUUCUAUCAAUGGAUUUUUAACCUGUUUCUGUCUAGUCACAUCAAUCCACACCUUAAUGUACAUCAGUGUUCACAAAUGUUAUUCUUUACCUAGGGCUCAAUCAGACUCGUUUAAAUUAUCUCAAAUAUUAUUGAUGAUUGCGGCAACAUGGAUCUGGGCAGGAUUUUUAUCAACAAUAACUGUAACCGGACUAAAUCAUGUAUAUUAUAAAAAAUAUACAUCACAAUGUGGGCCAAGCUAUCCUCAUGAUUUAAAAACUUAUAUACAUCAUACAUUUGUACAAGUUACAGGAAUUAUUAUACCUCUUGUAACCAUGGUGAUAUGUUAUUUUCGCAUGUUUCGCACAAUUUGGUAUCAUUCGCAAUCUUUGAAAAUCCACACAACAUUGGAUAAUAAUCUGAUUGUGGCUCAACAGAAAAAAAUAUUUAAAACGUUAAUUAUGGUGCUAGCAUGUUUUAUAUUAUGUUGGAUACCAUAUCAACUCUAUGCUUCUUAUACCACCAUUGUCAAAGAUAAGGAACAUUUUAGUCCUUACAUUAACCCUGUGGCAUAUUUGUUUGGAUAUAUUAACAGUGCUUUCAACCCUAUAAUAUAUGCUUUACGUAGUAAGUCAUUUAGACAUGGUUAUAAAGAAAUAUGGUGUCAGACCACUGGCUAUAUCAUGAAUGAAGGCUUGAAUGUAGCGGGGCGUCCACGAGGAUUGAGUAACGCUAUGUUAGUACCGGUAAUGUUUGUUGCCUGA